AUGACGUCUAGUCAUACCCCAAACAUGGCAGCCGCUUCGUUCGCCCAGAGACGCUCGACGAAUUCUCAGCAAUCAAAUUCCGUCCCUUCCACGCCGCACCAACAUCCGCGAGACCUUCGUUUCCGUUCGCGAUCGCCGUCCCCCAGCAAGACGCUAGGCCACAACACUCCUCACCAUGCUGCCCCUGGAGCCACCGGUACUCCGACCGCAGCGAAGCCGACUCAAGAGUUUUGUAAAUUCGAGACUGGCCCUGAGUUCAGAACACGACGAAUCCCCUACCUCGAUGGUGGCGAUCUUCCGUUAGCGCCGCCAACAGAAGAGCCCAAGGUGGCUCUCGAACCAGAGCAGGACCAAAAGCUCAGUGGCGAUAUGAGAGAACUAUACGACCGAUUACUACCGACAGAAGAGAGCGAAGAAAGAAGACGGAAACUCGUCCAGAAACUAGAGGACAUUUUGAAUGGAGAAUGGCCCGGCAAUGAGAUCAGAGUCAAUGUGUUUGGAUCUUCGGGCAACCUGCUCAGCUCGAACGACUCUGACGGUGCGUACUCUCAUGCUCGGCUCUCCCCAGCCUCCCCUUUGCAUGCGCUGAUCGUUUCCCGCANNGUUGAUGUUUGUGUAACGACACCCCUGAAAGCGCUCGAGUCCAUGCACACCUUGGCUACCGUUCUUCACCGACAUGGCAUGCAAAAUGUUAUCUGCAGAGCAGGAGCGAAGGUCCCGAUCGUCAAAGUGUGGGACCCGGAAUUGCAACUGGCGUGCGAUCUGAACGUCAACAAUCCACUGGCUCUCGAGAACACGCGCAUGAUUAAGACAUAUGUCCAGAUCGACGAGCGAGUACGGCCGCUUGCCAAGAUAAUAAAGUACUGGACGAAAAGGAGAAUAUUGAACGAUGCUGGUGCGCGCCCUUACCCUGGCUGGCCCAAAAUCCGUACGCUAAUAUCUUCUCNNGCAGCCUUUGGAGGCACUAUCAGUUCCUACACAUGGAUAUGCAUGGUCCUCAAUUUCUUGCAGACCCGUAAUCCGCCCAUCCUCCCGUCUCUCCAGAAGAUGUCCAAUUCCCGCUCCACCCAAGUCAACGGCCAGACUGCAGCAUUCGCCGAUGAUCUAGAAGAGUUGCGCGGUUUCGGAAAAGAUAACCAUGAAAGCUUGGGACAGCUCAUCUUCCACUUCUUUCGAUAUUAUGGCUAUGCCUUCGACUACGCAGAGCAUGUGGUGUCAGUGAAAGAAGGAAAGCCGAUACCGCGCAAAGAGAAGGGAUGGGACCCCAGCAAUCAUCAAGAGAAGGAGGCGCACAACCGGCUGUGCGUCGAGGAACCCUUCAACACCCAAAGAAACCUCGGAAAUUCUGCCGACAACUACGCCUUCACUGGUAUACACAAGGAGAUCCGAAGAGCUUUUGAAUUGAUCAAGGACGGCUCUGGUCUGGAAGACUGUUGCGCUCAAUUCGAAUGGCCUGUCGUCGAGAAGAACAUAUUCCAACGGCCGACACCGAAGCCUAAACCUAUACUCACACGAAGCGCUUCCCAGUCUGGUCGGCCCAACAAUGGGAACAACCAAGGGCGAGGAAAUGGAAAUGGCGCAAGGAACAACCGUAAUUCGUCUAAUCAGCGGACUAACGGCCGUAGAUCCUCGAGUGGAACAGCCUACGGCAACCAAAGGAUGCCAUAUGUCAUGAGCCCGCCGGUCGGGAUCAACCCUGCUGAUUACUUCUCAGCCACGGCCAUAUCGACUGACCAGCUGCACAAUCAGCUCUACAAGCAAUAUCGUUUCUUGCAGGCCCAACAAGAAGCACUGAGAAACCAGCUCUUGCAACAACAACAAACACAGGUUCAAUUGCAACAGGUUCAAGCCCAGGCGCAAGCUCGUGGUGUCGAUCUGGGUACUUCACCUCGUUCGCGACAAUUUGUCAAUAAUGCUCCAAGCCCGCAUAGUCCAAGGACCUUCGAGCACUCUCCCACAGCACCACCACUUUUGCCUGGCUACCUCUAUCAUUAUCCGGCAAGAUACCCUCCGCCGUCACCUUUGUCUCAGUCAAGGAACACUGAGGACACCAUUGUUGGUCCUUCUUCCCCCUCGUUGCAGAACGCAGCCCCUAAUCUGCGGAGGGGCGCACAUCGCGGUUCUAUCACCGAAGGCACACCUAAUGCUUCAGCUCGUUCGCAAUCUCAGCCCGGGCGUUCAUUCCCUAACCCUUUGACUCUUCAGGGUCUUGCUCAUCCAGGCUACGAUGUGUCUGGGGCCAUUGCCACUUCGUACAUGCUGCCGCGGUCAGUGCAGCAAUUUGCUCAGAUGCAGCCAAAUGGCUCAGUAAGACAAACCAACGGUGCCUUCUCUACUGAGACCGCCAUGCCUAAGGAAUAUGUCGGGUACUACGUCGGGCAGUCUCCUCAACUUGUUCCCCAAUUCCAGACUGGCAACUUGGUACAGGUUCCACAACUAAGAGACAUUGCCCCACCAUCAGACAGACGCAUAUCUCCUGAGCUUGGAAUUCAUAUUCCUGACGGCAUGCGACAUCAGUCUCGUUCACCUUCGCCAUUUGACGGCGGUCGUCGGCACUCAAGCUCGGCAUCUGCUCAUCCUAUCACAGGUUCUCAGCUCUUCUCCCAACAGCCUCUACAGUCUGUGCCGAUCCAGCCCAGGCCUAAUGACAACCAGGGACCUGUUAUCGUCAACGGGUCUAACAUGGCAAGUACGAGACAACGACAACCUUCUGUGACAAUAGCCUCGACUCCGUUAGCCCAGAAGGACAGCGACCCGACUCCCGAUCUUGUUCCUAUUGAGCAGAUACAGCAAAUGUCUUUGGAUGCAUCUAUGUUCCAUACCAACGGCCAGCAGCAUGACAUGGGCGAGGCCGCUCCUAGGCACUUCAUUCAUCGCACGAAUGGGCACACAGUUGAGCCUUCACUGCCGGCUCAUGUAGCCCAGAAUGUCCCGACACCUGUCUGGAGGCAAAACGCCCCUGACCCCCAGGGUGUUUCGAGUCAAGCUGCACCCGUCUCACGAGUUCAAGACACGAAUCAUGCCCCUUCGUCGAACCUAAACGACUCUAUGCAAGCUGUUUCUUUGCACGCCGCUAUGGGACCGCUUCUCUCUCCUGUCGCCGAGAUUCGUACGCCGUCGCCUGCAACUGGCCGAGCAGCCGAGCCUUCCAGACUCGGACCCCACCACAAGCUUGCGCAAAACGUGCAGAUUGUCAAUGGCAAGCAUGCAGAGGCGACCUCAAAGUCUCAGAAUGGAUAUUUGAACCGCAAUGAGGAUGGCAAACAUCAAGCUCCCGCAAACAAUGCCAACAAUUCUUGGNCAGCAGGCUCCAGCAAGAAAGGGCCACAAGAAGAGCAAGUCAAACACAGCGUCCAAGGGCUCGCAUGCCCCAAAGNNACCGGUGGUGGGGAGCCUCUGCCUGCUAACGAGGCCGAUCGAAAGGGAGGAUGA